CUCCGCCGCAGCCGCACCGAGACACAAAAAGCGGCUGGGGCCGGGCCGGGGCCAUGACGGAGACCACCAAGACCCACGUUAUCCUGCUGGCCUGCGGCAGCUUCAACCCCAUCACCAAGGGCCACAUCCAGAUGUUCGAGAGGGCCCGCGAUUACCUGCACAAGACCGGGCGGUUCAUUGUCAUCGGUGGCAUCGUCUCGCCUGUGCAUGACUCCUAUGGGAAGAUGGGCCUGGUCUCCAGCCGGCACCGCCUGACCAUGUGCCAGCUGGCCGUGCAGUCCUCCGACUGGAUCCGGGUGGACCCCUGGGAGUGCUACCAGGACACCUGGCAGACCACCUGCAGCGUGCUGGAGCACCACCGUGACCUGAUGAAGAGAGUGACUGGCUGCAUCCUCUCCAACGUCAACACCCCCUCCAUGACCCCCGUGAUCGGACAGCCCCAGAACGAGUCUCCGCAGCCCAUCUACCAGAACAACAAUGUUUCCAACAAGCCCACCGCAGCAAAGAUCCUGGGGAAGGUGGGAGAAAGCCUGAGUCGGAUUUGCUGUGUUCGCCCGCCCAUGGAGCGCUUCACCUUUGUGGAUGAAAAUGCCAACCUGGGGACAGUGAUGAGAUACGAGGAGAUUGAGCUCCGCAUCCUCCUGCUCUGCGGCAGUGACCUGCUGGAGUCCUUCUGCAUCCCUGGCCUCUGGAAUGAGUCUGACAUGGAGGUGAUCGUUGGGGAGUUCGGGAUUGUGGUGGUCCCCCGGGAUGGAGCAGACCCUGAUCGGAUCAUGAACCACUCCUCAAUACUCCGCAAGUACAAGAGCAACAUCCUGGUGGUGAAGGACGACUUGAACCACCCCAUGUCAGUCAUCAGCUCCACCAAAAGCAGACUGGCCCUGCAGCAUGGGGACGGACAUGUCGUGGAUUACCUCUGCCAGCCCGUAAUUGACUACAUCCUCAAGAGCCAGCUCUACAUCAAUGCCUCUGGCUAAGCACCUGAGGCCCUGCAGCAAGACAACCCUGUUGCCCCACGUCCCUACAGCUCUCCAUCACACUUUUCUCUCUCUUUCUGUGUCUCCAUCUCUCUCCCCACCCCACGGCCUCUCACUCCCGGCGCCGACGCUCCAUAGUGCAGCAACAUCUAGCGGCACAGCCCCGUGGGGAAUGGUUUGGUCUCUCUUUUUUUGGGAACUGCCCUCCCCAUCGUGUGUGGGGAGGGAGGGGGACAGAGAUGUGCUCAGUGUGCUCGGGGAGGGAGGCAGCUCUGGCACACCCCCCCCACACAUGUCACUGGGAAAUGGUCCCCCCGAUCCGACCUCCCAGCAUGCUCAGAGCAGGGGCUUCCUCUUUGGCAUCAUCUUACCCUACUUAAGCUCAAUACAUCUAGGUGGACUUUUUUCUUUUUCUUUUUUUUUUUAAAUUAGUUGCAGCGUGAGUCCCAUGAACCUCUUGUCCCAGUGCCCUGCUUCCAAAUGAAUCCUGGUGGGUAGUGGACAGGUGUAACGCAACUGGUUCGGUGCCCCACCACAGGUGGACCUCCUCAGGCCAGCAGUAGGACAACCCAGUCACCAAAAUCCUUCACUUGACCCUAAAAGUUAAGGAGAUGGUAUUUCUGAAGGGGUAAACAUUGUGGCCAAAGCAUUACUUGCUGGAAAGUAUGUCAUGUCUCACCUUUCCUUGGCUGCAAGUGAGCCUAGCUCAUCCCAAGGCAAGCGGAGCUGGGGUGAGGCUAUACUCCAGCCCCCACAUCAGAGGGGAUGGCCCACAGCACCUAGACAGGGACCUGCCAUUUCCAAGGCCAAGAAGUGUGGGAGGAAGAAGAGGGAUGAAGCAGGAGGCAACCCAAAGCCACUGAUGAGAAUUGCCUCAGGCCUGGCUGAGCUUCAUGGAGACUGGGUCUUGCCUCAUCCUCUAGCCUCCAGCUCUCUAUUUCUACCUGUAAACUCCCCCCUUUUCCCUUCACUCCAACCCUUGAGGAGUUUAUUAAAUUCAUGAUAUUUUCACCCUCCCAAACUGGCUUUGGAUAUGCCACACGUCCCCUGGGACAAGCCAGUCUCCUACUUCCAUGCCUGUGAUGUGCCCUGUGUAACCUGCUCAGACAAAUGCCCCAAACCAGGACAGGUAACAUGGAGCAAAAGAAAAUUAAGUCCUGCAGAGACAAGGGUUACUGAAGCGGGCUGCUCUCCUGCUGGGUGUGCCCAAGGUGAAAGGAUCCUGCUUCUCCUGAUGGCUCAGCCUCAUGGAAGGAUGACAGCCGCAAGGAGGAAGGUACAGUCCUGCUCUACUUCUCACCUUCUCCCCCCCUUUGCUCCUUCUAACCAUGUAUCUCCAGUGUCUAUAGCUCCUGGACCCGUUCCCCAAAGACCCGGGCUGACGAGGCCUAGGGAACCCCCCGCCACAGCACGCCUGCUCUCUAUGAUCCCUAGGGCAGCGCUGUGACCAGCUGCUGAUCCCCAGCAAGGGCCAGUACUGUGCUGUCACACAUAAAGGCUGAGACUCCUCCAGGGUGUCUCAGGGAAAGAGCUGAAUUUACUUCUUCUUCCUUAAAAUCUACAAAGAGUCACGAGCUGGAAGCUUCAAAGACGGAAGCUUCCAAGACGAGACACUGCACUAAGCGUGGUGACCUGCUGGACACUGCUGCCCUGUGCUGUAAAUUUGCCACAGCCCCCUCCAGAGAAGGUAGCUGGCAUCUCUGCAACAGCAAGCGACCUCGGGCAAGACAACAUUGCCUACAAACCCCAGGUCCUCACGGCGCACAGGGCUUCAUGAGCAGCAGCUAGCGGCUCCGCAGAGGAAGGCCCAGCCAAGUCCCAGAAGGGAAAGCAUGAGAGAGAGAUGUGACAUGGGCUGCCCAAAGGCCAGAAGAGGUCUUCCCCUGUCAGGGAUUUCCCUCCACGUGAAGGCUAGAUCAGAAAUGGCUGUGAACGUGGCAGCUUGCCAACAAGCUGAAUCCCACAGCUCCAGCUCUGCUAUCUGCAGGCAGUUGUGUACAUACCUUGAGGGGUGUGGAGAUACGGGAAAAACAAACCAGAGAGGGUGGCCAGAGCAUGCAGGAAUCAGCACGCAGAGAUGACUCUUCUCCUGAGAUGUCCUUCUGCUAGUUUGAGCUGCUAACCAACAUCCUACUGAGCCCCCUUAGCUAACG